AUGCCGACUUACCAAGCCUUGAGUGGAAACAGGUCCAGCCAUUCUUACAAUAAGAAGAGUCUGGACAUGGAGAAUAAGUAUGUAUCAUCUUCGCAUACCUCAGCUUCUAAGGGAGAAGGCCUAGCCCUUGGCACUUCCAAGCAGGUGGUACAAAAAGCCCACAAGUGCCGGACCUCCAAGACCUUUCCCACGGAUCAGGCUCUUGGGGGCCACCAGACAACUCACCGGCCGAAGCCAGCCCAAUCUGCUACGCCCAAACAUGAAGCAUUAAUGUUGUCUGCUGAAGAAGCCAGCCGGAGUACAGGUCCAAGAGUCUUGGAUUUUGAUCUCAAUGAGCUUCCCUCAAUGGAAGAAGAAUGA